AUGGCUACUACAACGCAAACUGUCACCACGAUAGCAAAUCCCUCGAAGGAAGAAGAGUACGAGGAACGUCCUGGUCUUCCCGCUGUUCCUGACGACCUUGUCAUUCCAGGAAUCUUCGAUAUUGAAUGCGACGAGCGUCUCUGGGUCCCCCAAGCACCAGACGUCUGGUUCCGACCUCUUCUUCUCUCCGUUUCUGGCGGCUACUUUGUCAACAUUCUCCGAGUCCGAAGAUCUGGUAUCCUCUCGCGUCAUCGCCACGCUGGUUGUGUGCACACAACAGUUCUCAGGGGCCGCUGGCAUUAUCUGGAACACCCAUGUUGGGCGACAGAGGGCGGGUAUGCCUUUGAAGCUCCUGGAGACAUUCAUACUCUCGAGGUUCCUGAGGAUGUGAAGGAGAUGGUGACCAUGUUUCAUGUCACGGGGGCUUAUAUCUAUGUUGACCCGACGGCAAUCCUGUUGGCGUGGAGGAUGUUUUCAGCAAGUUGGACAAAGCACGAAAGCACUAUGAAGCUAUUGGGCUCGGGACAAGUUUCGCAGAUCAAUUUGUGA